UUAAGGAGUGGAUGCCUAGAGCUCAGAGGGAAUGCGGACACAAGGUGAAGGUGAUCCGCAGUGAUAAUGGUGGGGAGUUCAUUGGAUCUGAUUUUGAGGGGGAGUUGAAGAGGAAGGGGAUCCAACAUCAACUGACAGUGCCCUACAACCCGCAGCAGAAUGGCAUGGCUGAGAGAUUCAACAGGACCCUGCAGGAGGGGGCACGCACUCUCCUUGGGCGUGCAGGGCUGCCUGAUCCAGGCAAGCCGAAUGUUGUGCAGGCUGGGAGUAUGGUUGAGCAGAUUGAGGAAGAUGAGAUUGCUCACUGCUACUGGGCACCAAUCCCCGAGCCCAAGACUCAAGAGGAGGCCUUGAAUGGACCAAAUGGGGAGAAGUGGAAGGCGAGUGAGGAUGAGGAGUUCAGGUCCCUGAUUGAGAACGAGACAUGGGACACGUGUGACUUGCCUCCUGGGAAGAAGGCAAUCACUUCCAAGAUGAUCUACAGGCACAAGUAUGGACCUGAAGGGGAGCUGACCCGCUACAAGUCUAGGCUUGUGGCACGGGGGUUUCAGCAGACAAAGGGGAAGGACUAUGAUGAGGUGUUUGCUCCUGUGGGGAAAGGAACAACACUGCGGGUGCUGUUGGCGAUAGCUGCACUCCUGGGAUGGAAGAUACGGCAGAUGGACAUUGUGACUGCCUUUCUGAAUGGGAUCAUUCUGGAGGAGGUGUACAUGAAGCAGCCAGAGGGGCUGGAUGAUGGGAGCGGCAGGGUCUGCAGGCUGAAGAAGGCCAUCUAUGGCCUUAAGCAGGCGCCUCGUGCACGGUAUCACAAGUUGGAGGAGGCGCUGCUGGCUGGGGGUUUCAAGAAGAGUGAGUGUGACCCCAGCCUGUUCCUGCUACAGGAGAAGGAUGAAAUCCUCAUGCUCUUGGUGUACGUGGAUGAUAUCCUUCUCUUUUCUGCAUCAACUGCUUUGCUGGACAGUGCAGAGCAGAUGCUGGAGAUGCAGUUCAAGUGUUCCAAGAUGGGUGAGGUGAAGUACUACCUGGGGAUGCAUGUGGAGAGAGAUGUGGAAAAGGGUGUGCUGAGGUUGCACCAGAGGAAGUACUGUGAGGGGCUGGCUGAGAAGUAUGGGCUGCAAAAUGGGGGAAAGCCAGCAACACCACUACCUUCGGGGUUUACUGUAGAGCCAUGUGCUGAUGAGGAGCUGGAAGCGGCCAAGAGGUUGGUCCGCUAUGUGAGCGCUACGGCAUCAGUGGGAUUGGAGUACAGUGGAGUGAGGCAGCGGUUGCAGAGAGGUGUUGCAGAUGUGAAGAGUGGUGAGAUGCUCUUGAGUUGCUAUACUGACGCUAGCUUCAACUCAGUGAAAGCGGAUGGCACCAGCAUUGGGGGUUAUGUGUGCUUGCUAGGAGGUGCUGCUGUGAGCUGGCGCAACAAGAAGCAGAAUGAGGUGGGAUUGUCCUCAUGUGAGACUGAGUACAUGGCCUUACACCAUGGGGUCAAAGAAGUGGUAUGGCUGAGGCGUUUGUUGGAGGAGUUGGGAGUUGGUCAGGAGGAGCCGACAGUUGUGUUUUGUGACAAUGAAUCUGCUGUGAAGCUCGCCAAGAAUGCUUGUCUGCAUGGGCUGACAAAACACAUAAGGCCUAAGUGGCAUUGGGUGAGGAGACUCCUUGAUAAGGAGGUGCGGCUGGAGAUAGUGAAGACCCAUUAGCAAGCAGCAGAUAUUUUCACUAAGCGUCUGGCGGAGGCGGAUCAUUGGAAGGGCAUGAAGCUUGCUGGGAUGAGUGUGCAUUGAGU